AUGGAGGACCGAGUGUUGAUGAUGGAGGACAUCACGUUGGUGUCAGCGAAAGAAUUGAGCGAAUGGACACGCAAAGACCCGGUGUUGGCUCGGGUGUUUCAAUGGGUCCAGCAAGGUUGGACAACACAACACCCUGAUCCAGUUUUCAGGCCUUAUGAGGUGAGGAAAACAGAGCUGAGUGUGCAAAAUGGAUACGUGUUGUGGGGGGCACGAGUGAUAAUUCCGCCCCCAGGAAGACGUGCACUUUUACAACAGCUGCAUCAAGGUCAUGUGGGCAUCACCCGAAUGAAGGCCUUAGCACAAAGUUAUUUUUGGUGGCCAAAGUUGGACCACGACAUUGAAGUCGCUGUGAAAGAGUGUAAAACCUGUCAGCAGCAUCGCAACUUACCUGUGAUGGCACCACUACACCCAUGGGAGUGGCCGAGUAGACCUUGGCAGAGACUUCAUAUAGACUAUGCAGGACCUUUUAUGGGGGCCAUGUUUUUGAUAAUAAUGGAUGCUCAUUCUAAAUGGAUGGAUGCCUACCCAGUCAAAACACCCACUUCUACCACUACCAUUGACUGCCUGAGAAAGAGUUUCAGUAGUCAAGGAUUACCCGAGACUAUUGUAUCAGAUAAUGUGUCAUGUUUCAUGAGUGAAGAGUUCAAGGGGUUCCUGGAAAAAAUGGCAUUGGUGUUAUUCAACUACCGCAUUACACCCCAGUCUACCACAGGAUUGUCCCCUGCCGAGAUGUUGCAAGGACGGAGAUUAAGAUCCACGUUGGAUCUGGUGCAUCCAAACAUCCGAGCUAAGGUAGAGAGGAUACAGUGGAGGCAAAAAGAACAUCAUGAUCAACGCCGGAGAGAGAGAAGUUUCCUGGAGGGAGAUGCAGUGAUGACGCGAAACUUCAGUUAUGGACCUAAAUGGAUCCCAGGGUUUAUUGCCAAGAGCACGGGUCCCCUGUCGUACCAGGUGAGGUUGAAUGGAGGUUUAGUAGUGAGGAGACAUGUGGACCAGAUUCUGCGGAGUGCGCAGGAGAAGGACUCCAUGGAACUGCAAGCCCCGGAAAUGCCGUUAGUUUCGGGAGAAGGGCUCGCAGCGGCAGGAGGAUUUCCGAUCUUGGGGGCCGAGGGAGACCGCCGGGACUCAGAAGGAGAGGUUCCCAAGGAUCCAAUUGUUCCAGGGAUGGAUACACCGGUACCAGAGGUGGUAACUGUGACACCAGAGUCACCCAGGGUGGUACCAUUGCGCCGUUCUAAGCGGGCACUGGUUAAACCUAGUUACUUGAAGGACUAUCAAUGUAACAAUUGCAUGUCUAGUUUAAAAGCGCAACCUAAUUCGAUUGCAGGGUAA